UCAGCUCUUCUCCUGAUGAAGUCACUAGUAGACAUGUGUGCUGCACCUUGGGCUCCAUUGUGGAGUGAGGGAGUCAGCUAAGCAGCAACACCAUGGUGAGUGAGGGGUUGCUUUCCACAGAUGGAGAGGGGCGAUGGGCCAGUUGAGUGAGGGACCGCUGUCCCGAGGUCGGGAGGAGUGGCCAGACAUGGAUGCAGUGACCUAUAAUGAUGUGAAUGUCACCUUCACUCAGGAAGAGUGGGCAUUGCUGGAUCCUUCUGAGAAGAAUCUCUACAGAGAUGUGAUGCUAGAGAUCUAUAUGAACCUCACUGAUAUAGGCUACAAUUGGGAAGAUCAUAAAGUUGAAGAACAUUGUCAAAGUUCUCAAAGAUACGGAAGGCAUGAAAGAAGUCAUACAGGAGAGCAAACUUGUGAAUAUACUGAAUGUGUUAAAGCAUUUUCAUAUCAUAGUCUUCAAAGGCAUGAAAGAAUUCAUAUUGGAAAGAAACCCUAUGCAGGUAUUCAAUAUGGUGAAGCCUUAACAUCAUAUAAUAGACUCCGAAUACAUAAACAUACACAUGCUGGAGAAAAACCCUAUGAAUGUAAUCAAUGUGGUAAAGCAUUCACAUAUCAUAGUCUUCUUCAAAUGCAUGAAAGAACACAUACUGGAGAGAAACCCUAUGAAUGUAAUCAAUGUGGUAAAGCCUUUGCACGUUAUAGUCAUCUUCAAAGGCAUAAAAGAACACAUACAGGAAUGAAACCCUAUGAAUGUAAUCAAUGUGAUAAAGCCUUUGCAUGUCAUAGUUAUCUCAAAAUACAUAAAAGAACACAUACUGGAGAGAAACCCUACCAAUGUAAUCAAUGUGGUAAAGCCUUUGCACGUCACAGUCAUCUUCAAAGACAUUUAAGAACACAUACUGGAGAGAAACUCUAUGAAUGUAAUCAAUGUGGUAAAGCCUUUGCAUAUCAUAGUUAUCUCAAAAUACAUAAAAGAACACAUACUGGAGAGAAACCCUAUGAAUGUAAUCAGUGUGGUAAAGCCUUUGCUCAUCACAAUUCUUUUCAGUGGCAUAAAAGAACACAUACUGGAGAGAAACCUUAUGAAUGUAAUCAAUGUGGUAAAGCCUUUGGACAACAAAGUGAUCUUCAAGUGCAUAAAAGAACACAUACUGAAGAGAAACCCUAUGAAUGUAAUCAGUGUGGUAAAGGCUUUGCACAACAAGGUCAUCUUCAAAUGCAUGAAAGAACACAUACUGGAGAGAAACCCUAUGUAUGUAAUCAAUGUGGUAAAGCCUUUGGAUGUCAUAGUUAUGUCAAAAUACAUAAAAGAAUACAUACUGGAGAGAAACCCUACAAAUGCAAUCAGUGUGGUAAAGCCUUUGCAUAUCAUAGUUAUCUCAAAAUACAUAAAAGAACACAUACUGGAGAAAAACCCUAUGAAUGUAAUCAAUGUGGUAAAGCCUUUAUAUGCCACAGUAGUCUCCAAAUACAUAAAAAAACACAUACUGGAGAGAAACCCUAUGAAUGUAAUCAAUGUGGUAAAGCUUUUGCGUAUCAUAGUCUUCUUCAAAUGCAUGAAAGAACACAUACUGGAGAGAAACCCUAUGAAUGUAAUCAAUGUGGUAAAGCCUUUGCACAACACAGUUGUCUCCAACUACAUAAAAGAACACAUACGGGAGUGAAACCUUAUGAAUGUGAUCAAUGUGGUAAGGCCUUUGGGCAACAAAGUAAUCUUCAAAUGCAUAAAAGAAUACAUACUGAAGAGAAACCCUAUGAGUGUAAUCACUGUGGUAAAGUCUUUGCACAACAAGGUCAUCUUCAAAUGCAUGAAAAAAUACAUACUGGAGAGAAACCCUAUAAAUGUAAUCAAUGUGGUAAAGCCUUCGCGUAUCACAGUUAUCUCAAAAUCCAUAAAAGAACACAUACUGGAGAGAAACCCUAUGAAUGUAAUCAGUGUGGUAAAGCCUUUGCAUAUCAUAGUUAUCUCAAAAUACAUAAAAGAACACAUACUGGAGAGAAACCCUAUGAAUGUAACCAAUGUGGUAAAGCCUUUGCAUGUCACAGUAGUCUCCGAAUACAUAAAAGAACACAUACUGGAGAGAAACCCUAUGAAUGUAAUCAGUGUGGUAAAGUAUUUGCAUAUCGUAGUCUUCUUCAAAUGCAUGAAAGAACACAACUCAUACAAGAGAAAAACCCUGUUCAUGUAAAUGAUUUAGUAAGGACUUUAGACAUCACAGUUGUCUUCAGUUUCAAGAAAAAAACUUGUUUCAUCUCCUUUUCAUCUUAGCCUUGAAGUAAGUAAAUUAUUAACCAAGUUCAUUUUGGGGUACCUGCCUCAAUCUUUUACCCCAGGCUACUCUUGAAGAGUGAGGGAUAAGAGAUUAGAUAGAAGUAUGGAGGGAAGAAAAAA